UCAUAUUGAUACACUAUCAUUUUACUGACAAUGGGAUAUAUAGAAGACAGGGUUCCUAUCGCCUUAAAAGGUAUCCCAAGACAGUAAGGCCUCAGGGGAAAAGGUGUGAUUCUGUGCAGUCCCCAGAAUUUAAGGACCUUUAUGGCUCAUUGGACACAAUACAUGUCAAUCACCAUGUCUCAACCAAUGAGCUUACAGCUGUGGUGACGUGUGAAAUGGGCCAUUAUUACUCCUCAAGGCUCCGCCCCUUUAUACCUGGUUCUCAGCCUUCUUGGGACUGGCCUCAGCAGGAGGCUUCUCCCUGGUGCUGUCUAGCCCUUCUUUUAUAGGUACUCUACAAGUACCAACUCCAUCUGCUGACUAGCGGAAAACUUUCCCUACUGCUCUCACUGCCUCCAAGGAGGUCCUUGAGGCCAACAGCCUCUCUCUACUUCGUGGUAGUCACCUUAACAACGCCUCAUCCCCACCAACACCUUCAAAGCUCAAAGCUUCAGUAAGAUCUUCAUUGGCAGGAAAUUCAUGCCAUGUCUGCUGUUGCAGAGCGGGACCUUGGAUUACCUGACCAAGAGCAAGAAGGUGGUAGGAUGGAUCAAGACGCUGGACAAAGUGUCUUGCAUGUGCUGACAAUCCAUGAGGCUGGUGAUGACAUCGAUGGAACCACAGGAUGUCUGGGUUCACAGGCAGGCUCGAGAGCCAUUCUGGGGGAAGAGCCAGGGCAGGAGGAGAUAUGGCCCGAUACUGAGGAGAUCUGCACUCAUGUGGAAGAGGUCUGGCCUGAUAUCAAGGACAUCUGGCCUGAGGUCGAGGACAUCUGGCAUAAAGUCAAGGACAUCUGGCCUGAUGUAGAGGAAACCUGGCCUGAAGUCGAGGACAUCUGGCCUCAUGCCGAGGAAGUCUGGCCUUGUAUCAAGGAUAUCUGGCCUGUUGUAGAGGACCUCUGGCCUGAAGUCGAGGACAUCUGGCCUGAUGUCGAGGAACCCAGGCAUUCUAUCCAGGACAUCUGGCCUGCUAUGGAGGACGUCUGGCCUGAUGUUGAAGAACCCUGGUAUUCUAUCGAGGACAUCUGGCCUGCUAUGGAGGACAUCUGGCCUGAUGUCGAGGAACCCAGGCAUUCUAUCGAGGACAUCUGGCCUGCUAUGGAGGACGUCUGGCCUGAUGUGAAGACCCUGACAUCUGGCCUGCUAUGGAGGACAUCUGGCCUGAUGUUGAAGAACCCUGGUAUUCUAUCGAGGACAUUUGGCCUGCUAUGA